CCUUCUGCUAAUGUAGUGGAGCAGACAGGCAAAGGAGACGAGUGCACGGCUACUCCUCUGCGCUGCGCAUUCCAUUCCAUGGACUGUUGCGUGCAGGUGCAGCUGGAAAGACGGAGACCCAUACUGUAGCUACUAUCGCACGCAGAAGGGAAAAAAAAAAGCAGCGGGGAGAAGGAAAAGGCACUGCCGGCCGGGCACCCUGCAGCAGCAGCAGCAGCAGGAAGCUAGGAGUAUUCCCUCUUCAAAGCGAGGGUGCCGCGCAGCGAACCACCAAACGAACCAGCCACCAAAGGCAGCAGGGGCAAAGGCGAGCAGGAAAGCCUUCCACUUCCAUCCAUCAAAGGGUUCGCUGCUUGCUUUGCUAGCUUGCUCUUCUUCUUGCGCGCCGUGACGAGAUCGUUGAGACACACAGAGGGAGAGAGAUCAUACUCGGGGAAUGGUGUGGCGAGGAAUGUGGACUAGUUGUUUAAUAUGAUAAUGCAUUGGACACAAGAUCCCCUCUGAAUCUUGGUGUUUUUUAUUUAGAGUUAGAGGAGAAGGUGGCCGGAGUGAAGAAAGAAAACUGGCCAAGGGUGCAAGGGAAUUAUACUAAUCUUUUUCCCAGAUCAAGAAGGACAAGCAAUUAACAAGUGAGCAGGGGGAGGUGGGGGUGUGUCAGCUUUGUGCUUUGUGGGUGUCCCUCCUCUGGUUCACUGCCCCGGCCCCCUCUCCCACUCUCUAUUGUUUACUUCUCCUGAGGUACUUGUGCUCCUCCCCCCCCCCCUGCUUCUGGCCUCACUGCCUACGAUAGCACCAGCACCGGCCGCAUAAGUAGGUUGGGGGCUCAGGGCUGGGAAGGAGUGUGCUUCAAGCAGGAGCUGCAUCGGAACCGAUCCCAUUAUUUGUUUGUUUUCGUUGUACGAGCGAUCUCCUGGACGGCUCCGGCACGUUGCAAUAUUCGGUCUUCUCGGCGACUUGUUCUUGUACUCUGCUUCUCUGCUGCCGCUCUGAGCCGUUUGCCGUUGCUGCUGUGGACAAGAGUAUGGGAUAGCGGUGCUGUGCUGCGCAGUUCUUGCUUCUUACAAGUGGUGGUGGUGAUAGUGGUCUGGUUUCUGUGCGAGCAUUUGGUGGUCUUAGAGGAGCGGGAAGCUAGCUGUGCGGCUCUUCUUUCGUGUUCAAGAUGAAGUUCAUGAAGCUUGGAUCGAAUCCGGAUACCUUUCAGGACGAUGGGAAUGAAGUCAGUAUUGCGGCAUCUGAAUUGGUGAGCGACAUCACUGUUCGCAUAGGGACUACAAAGUUUUACCUUCACAAGUUUCCGCUCCUAUCCAAGUGUGCUCGCUUUCAGAAAUUGAUUCCAACUACUGGUGAUGAAAAUAUUGAGAUCCACAUCCAUGAUAUUCCUGGUGGUGCAAAGGCUUUUGAGAUCUGUGCCAAGUUUUGCUAUGGCAUGAUUGUCACACUCAAUGCCUACAAUGUGAUUGCAGCCCGCUGUGCUGCAGAGUACUUGGAGAUGAAUGAGACUGUUGACAAGGGAAAUCUGAUCUACAAGAUUGAUAUCUUCCUCAGCUCAAGCAUAUUCCGAAGCUGGAAAGACUCUAUUAUUGUUCUUGGUACAACAAAGGCUCAUUUACCUUGGGCAGAGGAUCUUAAGCUGGUUAGCCACUGCAUUGACUCUGUUGCUUCAAAAGCCUCUAUUGAUGUUUCAAAAGUUGAAUGGUCAUACACAUACAAUCGUAAGAAGCUCCCAACUGAGAAUGGUCAUGAUUCACCAUGGAAUGGAGUCAAGCAGCAGCAGUUUGUUCCAAAGGAUUGGUGGGUUGAAGAUCUGACAGAUCUCGACAUUGAUGCCUACAAGCAAGUCAUAACAGCAAUCAAAACCAAGGGUAUGGUGCCCAAGGAUGUGAUCGGUGAGGCAAUUAAAGCCUACACUUACAAGAAGCUCCCGUCACUAAGCAAGGUCUCAAUGAUCCAUGGCGAUGCAAAAGUUCGGGCUAUGCUAGUUACCAUCACAUGCCUGUUGCCAUCUGAGAAAGGUUCAGUUUCAUGCAGCUUCCUCUUAAAGCUACUGAAGGCAACAAAUUUGCUGAAGUGCGGAGAAAUGUGCAGGAAAGAGCUUAUGAAGCGCAUUGCACGGCAAUUGGAAGAAGCAUCAGUGUCAGAUCUUCUGAUCCCUACAGUGGAUGGGGAUACCACUGUUUACGACAUUGACCUGAUUCUUAGCAUUGUUGAAGAAUUUGUCAGACAAGAUAGUAAGAAUGCCCAGAGACAUAAUGGUGGUGAAGUGAAUGACCAUGUAUCAGCUCCUAGUGCAUCAAUGAUUACAGUGGCCAAAAUUGUUGAUGGAUAUCUCGCAGAGGUUGCAAAGGACCCAAAUAUACCGGUCUACAAGUUCUUCAGUCUAGCUGAGACAGUUUCAGCCAAUUCAAGGCCGGUUCAUGAUGGGCUGUAUCGCGCCAUUGAUAUGUAUCUGAAGGAGCACCCAGGCUUGGGCAAAAGCGAUAAGAAGAGGCUUUGUGCCCUCAUGGACUGCAAGAAGUUGUCGCCAGAUGCAUGUGCUCAUGCUGUGCAGAACGAGCGCCUGCCUCUGAGGAUUGUGGUGCAGGUGCUGUACCACGAGCAGACAAGGGCUUCUGCAGCAGCCACCAUCCGAGCUGACAGCAUCGGCAUCGGCUCCUACGAGAGCUCAAGGUCAGGGGCCACAACAAACACAGAAGACGAGUGGGACGGCGUCAUGGCCGUGGAAGACCUCAGUCUGUCCAAGACCACGAAGCUAGACAAAUGUCACACAGCCAGCACCAUCGUGGAGAAGAACCACGGUGGCAACAAGGGUGCCAACGGCAGGGUGAAAGGUGGCGCAACGUCAAAGAAGGCGCUUGGGAAGAUCAUGUCAAGCAAAGGGCAGACUGGGGAGCGCAGCAGCUCGGAUUCAUCCGACAGCGCCAUCUUGCCCAGCCAGGAGCAUCCCAAGAGGACCCCCGCAAGGAGCACCACCAAGUCAGCUGCUGCGUAGCUGCAGCCCUUUGCUGAGUGAAAUGCUUAAGGAGCACUAGGUUGUAGCAGUCGUCUGUUCUUUGUUAUGAAUGUUGCAUAGAAGCAAGGACCAUGUUUUUUACACGUCUGUAGGGAUGGUAUAAUGCCAGGUACGUACGUUGUUAGGUGAUGUUGUUAGCAUGUAGUAGGCUUGCCGUGAAACCUAUGAGACCUUGGGCUGUGCUGUGAAUGUCUGAACUCGGAGUAGUGUUAUAAGAAGCCUACUUUGUUAGAGUUGAAGCAUAAAUGUCCUGCAGCUGUGAAUUCUUGGCUGUUUUUCUGUGAGAUCUGUUAGAUCGUUCGAAUCA